GCUGGACCAUUGAUCAAAGUGACAAUUUGUAAGGACAAAGAAGGAAAACCUAAGUCUUUUGGAUUUGUCUGCUUUAAGCACAAAGAAUCAGUGCCUUAUGCAAUAGCUUUGCUGAAUGGAAUCCGUUUGUAUGGAAGACCCAUUAAAGUGCAGUAUCGGUUUGGGAGUUCUCACUCAUCAGAACUGAACAGCCCUACACAUGGUUUUGAGAACUAUAUUGACUUAUAUUCACCUUCAUCUAGGUAUCAAGAGCCUUAUGGAAAUCCCCCAUUUCCUGUUACUCCUUUUCCAAUGAACAAUAGUUUACCUCAUGAAUACUCAGGCUUUCAAAAGAUGAUGAACCAUUUUUUAGCACAGCAGUACCCAGUACAGAGUCCAAUGGGUCAACAAUUUCCUUACUAUCAGAUGACUCCACCACUGCCUUGCAAUUUAUCCUUUUCUCCCUGUCUGAAUCAAGCUGCAAAUUUUAAGUCUGCACAGAGUUCUUUUGAAUUGGCCCUGCCACAUUCAAGUGACUGGGAAGUGCACCGGGUGGAUGAAAGCACCUCUAAAAGAAAGAGAGAACAGCGAAACUGUGACAGUGACUCUAGUAUUGAGGAUGACAAAAUGAGACAAAGAGAACGUGACCAAAAAUACAAGAAGCGCAAAGCCAAGAAAAAGACACAUUAA